AUGGGUCUCGGAUGCUCCAUUUACGCUCAACGGAACGAACAUAUCCGAGUGCACCAGCUACGCUUGUCUGGGCCGAGGAAUGAACAUGAAGAACGACCUGUCCCCGGAGCUGGUGAAGAAGACCGGAAACACCUGGCUCCAUGCUCACCCCUUCAACACCACCAUCUUCCUGCUUUGACCUAUACUUCAGAAACCUGUACGAAGUUCAACACCGCCGACCCGAUAGGCAGGUUUCUUCACGAAGUGCUUGAUGAUCUUCAUGUGCCAGAAGAAGGAGGCCUGGGCGCCUCUGGCACGCGAUCGGAACAAAUGGAAGGAUUACCUUCGUCGCUCGACAAGCUCGAAGAACGACGGGAGUCAAGAUGA